GUUCAGCUGCACUGUGCGGCUCGCGGCCCUUGGGGAUUUUUAUGGACGUGAAGAGUAAUGGGCAUCGAUGAGAUUCGUAGCGGAGUGACGACGGUAUAAAUUCAGACGCGGGUUCUAUAAACUUACAAGCUCAACCGUCUGACAAAUCAUUCACAUUCACGGACGUUUUCAGAUAAUCUAAGAGGAUCGAGGAUUGGCAAUCAUGACGAGGUUUUCAAUUGUGCUCCCUCUGCUGAUGGUUUUGGUGCUGAGUCCAGCGAUAUCAGCGCAAAACAACUGGCGGCUUUUCGCCAACAAUCUCACCCCUCUGACCCUGGAUUUGCUGCUGUGCACUGCCACCGGAUGCGUUCCCAAGAGCCCUCGGAGUUCUUACACCAUCGGCCCCAAGGGCGUCCGUCUUCUGGGCCCCGGCGAUGACUGGGCCAAGAACUACAUGGUUCUGACCGAUAAAGCUUCGGGGCGCAAGCUCAUCAAGAAUUUGUGGACAGGCCAGCUCGACGCAAACAACAACGCCAACAUCCUCACGGUUGUGCAGAAAUCCAAGACCGUCACUGAAGUCUGGUUCUCCGACCUGUCAGGGAAGAAUGUUCUCCUGGGCCUGUUGCAGUAGCUCUCUGUGAAGGGAAGCAGGUCUUCUGUCGACACGAUCGGCGUACUCGUGCUGAUGGAUGAUCGAUCCGCACAUGGCACUGCAUUGCAGCUGCCACUGAAGUAAACUUGCACUUACCUGAUUUCUCAGAAGUUGACAGGUCCGAGGGAUUACGACAAUCACGUUGUGAUGGGUUGUGAUGGGUUCAUGAUUCUGUAUCAUCUGGUGGGUUUGUGGCCAGUCCUCUCCUGCUAAGUUCACACAAACUCAACUGUGGACGGGUGUUUAUGAUCGUACGUUGGCCUCGUGACCUUGGUGAAAAUUGAAGACUUGGCUCGUUGUAGAUAUCCAGCUCUUAUGGUGUUCAUGGUGCUCUUCGUUUCGUGGCUUGAUUGCGUUAGACAGCAUCUGCGUGGGAGGAAGAUCAAAUGUGACUCAGUACUCAGAAUUGUAACGCAUUGGUGAGGUAUCCAUGUACUGAGUAAGCAUUUGAACAAGAUAAAUUAUAUACAUUUUCACCGGUUUCUACCCUGCGUCUGUGGAAAGCUGGCUGUCUCACUUCAUAUCCGAUUGUGCAUUAUUUUGAGGUAGUCACCGGUAUUCUACCUCACCCACUAGGUUUAACUUUCCAGAAUCCUCGCAUUGCUUUGCAGAAUUGAUAUGAAAUUACUCCAUAAGUCUUGCGUCCAGAUCACCAAGUUGAAUCUUUUCCUGCGUGUUAUCUGUUUCAUUCUACGUGGGCGGAUAGAGAUAUGAACUCAAGUCCAACUUGGUACCACAAUCGUAAAUGCUCCUAAUUGUGAACAGACCACAGUGCAAUGUGUUCACGUCCCAGCAGACUAUCGAGUAAAGUUUGAAAGAUAGGGAAGACACUAAGAUAUGCGACUUUGACGCAAAUAUGUUCAUUCUAAUUCGGCAUGGCUCAAGCGUAUGGAGAACGACGAUUUAGAUCAAAUAUUGUAACUAGUGGAUGACAAUGGACAUGCAUCCGAAAUUCCUUUCCGGACGCCGAUCUUCGGACUUAGAGAUCGAGGUCUGUGGUCGAUCUAGAUCAAGAGGAGGCUCAUGUAUGUCCGUGAUUGACAGUUGUCUAACUGAUGUUGCCUUGAUCCUCGCAUCUCCUCCCACAAUCUAUGCAAUAAUCCCCUGUG